AUGAAUUUCGAUGAGACCGCCGAGAUGAAUUACGAAUACAAGUGGGUCUGCUUCUUUCUGUGCUUCGUUAACUUAAGCAACUGCCUCUACUCCAGACCAGUCUCCAGGCCAGGAAAGAUGUUUCUGUGGGCUUGGCUUUGGGAACUGACUGGAAUAGAUAAGGAGUUGAAUGUUGAUUCGAACCCAGGCAAUCCUACGCCCACGAUGGUUGGCGUCAUUGUGCGUUGUUUCAUGUCGAUGCUCGUCAACGAGGGUUUACGCAACGAAGUGCUUGUCAAUCUUCCACUGUUCCUGAUGAAAUCGGACUCGAGGAUUGACCAUGUCAAGGCUUGUCUGGCCAUCGCAUUCAUUACUGAUAUUGAUGACCUUAGCCGCCAGGUCACGCUCAAGGUGAAGGGUGAUUCAUGGGGCGACGUGGAACGCGCAGGGCGAGUGGGGAACGAGUUUCUCGAGUAA